AUGUUUCAGCACGCGAUGUCAAGGUUUUCGGUUUCGUCGCCUGACCUUCAAUCCGAAUUGGCAAUCCAACAAACUGCUGUUAAAAACAAGUUCAGAAGGCUAAAGAAAAACGUUCGAAAACAGGUCACCCAGGUCGUCAACAAGGUGCUGGAUAACUCUGAGGCGCGGGGACUUCUUGUAGCUUCAACGACGAACGUUCCUUUAACUUCUGCGCCACUUCCCUCAGGAGCGCAAAAGAGCUAUCGAGAUUACGUUGUAGCGGAACUUGUCGAUACGGAACGGAAAUAUGUACAGGAUCUCGAAAAUUUACACGAGCUCAAAAAGAAGAUUGAGCAGAAGGGAGUCAUUCCCGGAGACGUGGUCCACGACAUUUUCCUAAACAUCAACGCUAUAUUAGAUUUCCAGAGGCGCUUCCUGAUCAAAAUUGAAACCACAAACUCACAACCGGACGAUCAGCAAGCAUGGGGUCUUCCAUUUACUAACUACGAGGAAUCAUUCAACAUAUACAGACCUUUUAUUGCAAACCAGCGAAAAGCAGCGGACAUUGCCAAGAGAGAUUUCGAUAAAAUCGUAUUGGCGGAUCAUCCAGUUGUUGUUGACUUUAAUACUUUAGAUGGAUUCUUACUCAAACCAAUGCAGCGGCUGGUUAAGUAUCCCAUGUUGUUAAAGGAUUUACGUGACAAAACGAAUGCGGAUGAUGCGACGAAAGAAGAUCUUACCGCAGGUAUAGAAGCGGCAAACCGUGUUUUAAAAGAAGCCAACGAUGCAGUCGACCAAGAACUACUGCGCGAGGCCCGAGAAGAUAUGGAAUCACGUGUCGAAGAUUGGAAAAAUCAUCAGAUUGAACAAUUUGGAGACCUGUUACUCUAUGGUCAUUUCCCAGUUGUAAAUGGCAAAAGCGAUGGUCAAAAAGAAGUACGAACCCUCACCUCACCCCUUAGUUCUUCCAAUGUUCAAAAAUUUGCGUCUCUUCGGCUCUUCAGAGAUUCUACGACGCGCAAGGCGCUAGAUUCGACUGAGCGACAGAACAUUUCAUCUCUAGAGCAAAGUGCAGAAGACGCUCAAUCAGAGGCGCUUCUAGCACUUGAUCAGAAAUCCCAUGGUAAUGACCAGCGUCAACUCACCAAUGAUGAUACAUUUCUAUUCAAUAUGCUCUUUGAUCAAUUCUCAGGCUGCGACCCCGAAACUGGUGCCCCAAUUUUUGCGAAACGAUUUGCUGACAGUAUGGGCAUCACUGCCCCAACCUAUGAACAGUAUACAAUUUAUCUUUUUGAGCGAAUCCUCCUCUGCUGCAAAGAAAUCAACCCGAACAAGUCGAAAGACAAGGUAAUGGGAAUUCAGAAGGACAAGAAAGACAAGAACAAGUCGAAAGAGCCCAAUAAGAACGCCAAGCUACAGCUUAAGGGUAGAAUUUUCAUGACCAACGUCACAGAUGUCAUUGCUCUUGGGAAGCAAGGUUCAUACACCGUCCAGAUCUUCUGGAAAGGUGACCCCGGAGUUGAGAACUUCAUCAUCCGUUUUUCUAACGAGGAUGCGAUGAAAAAGUGGCAUGCUGGAGUGGAUGGGCAAAGGAAGCUCCACGCUCAGGCGAUUUCUGCUGGAUUUAGCCCAGAGGGAGGACCACCAACAGACUUCGCUUGGAUGCGAGAUCAAACUGCGGCAAUGAUAAAUCCAUAUGCUCAACAUGAAGAUGACGAUGACGAAGACGACUAUAGAGCUCAGAAUUCUAUGUAUCCUGGGCAGAUGAACCAGGGCAUGCCGCGAAACGGAUCAAGUACUAGCCUGCGAUCGAGGUCUACAACAUCGGAUAGCAGCCAGUCGCUUGCUGGUAUUGCCCGCGCGCCCCCACCAAGAUUUCCAAUGGGUUUCGCAAACCAGCCUUUGAGUAUUCAGACCCAGAUCAAUCCUGCGCAGUCGCCAGGACAGAGAAUGGGCGACUCUUACUUUUCACCUGUUGCUGAGACUCCUGCUACUUCUAGGUCUAGUACCCAAUCCAAUAUGUUUCCAUUUCCCAGACAAGGGACACCGCAAGGCAGUUGGGAGGAACACAAUCGUUACACUGCUCCUGCCAUGCCGCGAGCGCCCUCGAGAGGUAGUCAGACUCCGAGCGAUGCAUAUGGCAUGAAUGGCCGUACCCCUCAGCGGCCUUCUCUUCCCGCAAUGGCUUCUCAGUCAUCACAGGCGAGUGCAAACCUGCAGCGCAGUAGAUCGCACAGUACCCCUGACAUAAACGUUCAGAACGGGGUGCGCAGACUUCCAAACGGUGCAGUUAGCGGUCCAGUCCCUGCUGUGCCGGGCAUACCUGCUCAUCUGCACCCGGCAUACGAUGCAGGUAUACCUCGAUCUCAGAACAAUUCCCCAAAUGGUUUGCCCAUGAGAUCCAACACUCAAUCACCUGGCACACAACGAGAACGCAUGGGAACACCUACACAAUACCCCAAUGGUCCUUCGCACUAUUCGAGAAGUAACAUAUCUCACAGACCAGACACUUCGGAGAGUAGGACCAUGUCCCCUCCCCUUGGUGAAGCAGCUCUACCAACUCAGCUCAAGGUCAAAGUCAACUGUGACCAACAAUACAUUACCUUGGUGGUAGCAUUUAACAUUACCUAUCAAUCGCUGAUUGAUCGCAUUGAUGCGAAAAUUGGAAGGUUUUCCAAUAACGCGAUUGCUAAAGGUACCAUGAGAUUGAGGUACCGAGAUGAGGAUGGUGAUUUCGUCACCAUCGAAUCAGACGAUGAUAUCCAGAUUGCUUUCCAGGAGUGGCGAGAGGCCCAGAAGGCCCAAUAUCAUGCUGGACUGCUUGGUGAAAUUGAGCUUUUCUGUAUCAGUGUCGAGAAUUAG